UAAAUAUAUGUGUUUUUUAUUUCAGAAUUAUGUGCCCUGAAGAACAAGUGAUGUCAACCACGUAUCCAUCAAUGUGGGCCAUCAUGUCUAAGGUUCGGUUCGAAGCAUUUCUAUGGGGAGCCGGCACCGCGCUCGGUGAGCUGCCUCCUUAUUUUAUGGCUAGAGCUUCAAGGCUAUCGGGAACCGAUUACCAAGAAUUCGAUGAUCUUCAAGAACUAGAAAACCGGAAAAUGCAUGGUGACAAAUUGAAACUCUUUGAGCGUGGCAAGCUGGCAAUGGAGAAAUUCGUUGAGAAGGUUGGGUUUCUUGGAAUUCUUCUCUGUGCAAGUAUCCCUAACCCACUUUUCGACCUUGCUGGUAUUACUUGUGGCCAUUUCCUGGUCCCAUUCUGGACAUUCUUUGGAGCAACAUUAAUUGGAAAAGCGGUCAUCAAGAUGCACAUACAAAAAAUCUUUGUGAUUAUUGCUUUCAACGAAAACCUUGUGGAUAAAGCCGUCGAUUUUAUGGCUUUGGUACCCGUCAUAGGAAAGAAAUUGCAGGAGCCAUUCAAAACAUUCCUUCAAAACCAAAAGGAUAGACUACAUAGGGGAACAACCAAAGUAUCAACUAGCUCAUCGAAUAUACUUCAAAAUUUGUUUGAAUACUUUGUUAUAUUUAUGAUCUUAUUCUUCGUCUCAUCUAUUAUUAAUUCUCUUGCUCAAAUUUAUCAGAAAAAGCUGCAGAGUCAAAAGAAAAAUAAAAAAUCCUAAAUGCGAAAACAAUUUUAUUAUUAAAUCAAUGUAGAUAAUGUAAAUACGGGAAAUGCAACUCAAAUAAACGUUACUUCGAUUUUACCGCUUGUAUUAAUUGUUAUACAACAUAUUUUGUUGGUUUUACACAAUAAAUUACGUUAAAAGUGAUUUAGUCUCAGAAUCAAAGAAAAAUAAAGUUAUUUUUUGUUUACUGACUUUUU